AUGCGAAUGAAUGUUCACAUAGGCAAGAUUUGUAGCAAGGCUUUUCGCGGACUAUACAACAUAAGACAGGUCAGAAAAUUCCUUACCGUGCAAUCCACAAAGGCACUGAUCCAUGCCUUUGUAUCUUCGCACCUUGAUUACUGUAACGCACUUCUAUUUGGUCUACCUAAAUAUCAACUUGAUCGUUUACAGAAAGUUCAAAAUGCCGCGGCUAGAGUGACUUUUCAGAUUGCGAAAUUUGAUCAUAUCACACCCGCGCUUAUCGACUUACAUUGGCUUCCAGUAACGUUUAGAGUUCAGUUCAAAUUGCUCCUUUUUGUUUACAAGUCACUACACAACCAAAGUCCAUCCUACAUUUAAAGAUCUUUUAUCCCUGAAACCAGCUGCUAAUUAUGCUCUUCUUUCGUCUGCUCAAUCUCUUCUGUUCGUUCUAAAAGUCAACUGCUCUACACUUGGGGAUCGGGCCUUUGCUCAUGCUGCACCUGUUUUAUGGAACUCGCUGCCAAUAACUGUA